AUGACGUGUCAACAUUGUGGUCAUAUUCACCCACGGGACCACAAUGCCCUUUGCUCUCCAUACCUUCAAAGACAAUGCCGUGGCUGCGGGAAAAGCUACAUUCGGCCAAAUUUGCCCGUGGAUAACCAUCGCGAGUUCUGUCACGCAACUAUUUCGUACAAUGAGUUAAUUCCCUUUAAGUGUCAUUCUUGCAAAUCCAGUGUCCUACAAACAGGCUUUCAUGGUGCUUCUUGUCUGAACUCAAGAUCAGACGCACCAAUUGAUGAUGUUUACGUCUGGAAGUGCAACCGAGAGGUGCCAGGUCUGAAAGGGUCUGUAAAUGCUCAAGGUUGCGGUCAUUGGAAUUAUAGAUUGGUUGAGCCAUUGUUGUUUUUGUGGUGA